ACUGGUGAUACAGAAAUUUUAUGGACUCUUCAAAGAGAAACUUAAAAUAUUUUGAUUAAUAUUUUGUUUUAGGGAAUGAUAGUUCGUUAUGGAAUCAACUACCCAUGUCCACCAUAACAGCUCAUGCUGUAGCUAUAAUUUGGGAAAUACAUUUAGGCAAUCUUUAUCAGAAUUAGAUUUUGAACGUGGUAUAUGGUAUGCAGCUCAGUAUAAUGAUCUAGACAGAGUAAGAUAUCUUUUAAACAAGGGUAUAUCUCCAAAUGUAGAAGAUAAUGCAGGAUACACUGCUUUACAUUAUGCAGUUCGUAAUGGUCAUGAUGAAAUAUGUAAUGAACUUUUGAAACGAGGAGCUAAUGUCAAUGCAGUCACUAGAUCAGGAAGAGCAACACCUCUACAUAGAGCAGCAACUCAAAAAUAUAUUCAUAUAGUAGAGUUAUUAUUGAAUGCUAAUGCAGAUACAAAUAUGCAGGAUGUAGAUGGUUUUACUGCAUUGCAUAGGGCAUUGAUAGCAAAUUGUGAUCAAAUUUCCAGGAUGUUAAUUCCCAAAACAAGAAUGGAUUUAAUAGAUAAAUUUAAUUAUACUGUAAAGGAUUUAUCAGAAAAAAUUGGCAAACAAGAUUUAUUUUUUUAA